UUCUGUUAUUAGAAUUCUGCAUAGAUCACUUGGGACUAUGAUAUGCCUUUAUAACCGCUUGCGACUAUUCCUGAAGCAUUUAUUGGACUUCUUGGAACAGCUGCGUCUCUUACCGAUUUGAUAAGCAGUAAAUGGAGAGUGAGGAGGCUCCCGCCCAGCGGCCAGUCACUUUGGACAUCACGGUUGAGGAUGUCACCCAGGAGACUCCAUGCCCAGAGCCUCCAGCGUCAACGCACAGUACUCAGACUCCUACCAGAAAUGAUAUCCUGCCACAAGAAGAAAGCAUCGACCUUGGGGGAGGUUUUGCGACACCCCAAGGAGACAGCAGUGCUUCACCAUCAGAAAGCCUGAUGGACAAGCUCAAUGACCAAAUGAUGGAAAGUGUCAUUAUCUCUGAUUCACCGAAUAACAGUGAGGAGGAUGACGUUGCUCCAAUUGAUUCAUUCCUCGAUAGUGUUGUUGAUGAGGUGAAUGAAAGAUUCACAUCAUGUGACACUGAGGAACAAACUGAGUGCAUACAUAUUAUGACUGUGACUGAAGUUUCAGAUGUGCAGCAGAAAGAAUAUUCAGAGAAAAAAGAGGAGACUAUGGAUGAGACAAAAGAAAGAGAGCAUGCCCAUUCAUCUCCCGCCGACACAAAGAUUCCAUCUGGUCUUAAAAGUGAGGAACCAGUGUUGGAUAAAGGGACACAUCUCAAAGAUGAGCCUGUGCCAGUGUGCACUAUAUUCAGCCAGAGCAAGCAGCCAAAUUCACUGAUACCUGACGGCUUCCAGCCCACCCUCAUCAAGUCCCCCAGUUUUAGUAUUGGGACUACAGGGGGAAGUGAUGAAGCGGUAACCCCCAGCAAGUCGACCAUUCCACUUGUAUGCCAGCCCAGCCCGAGCCUCAGCAAAUUCUUCACUGACAACGGACAAGGCAAUCCAGCAUCUGACUUUUUUGAUUCCUUCAUGGCCCCCUCCUCCUUCAUCUCAGUGUCCAACCCAAAUGCAGAGAUCCCGUCAAGCCCAACUGCAACACCAAUGGCCUCAAACCCCCAGCAUCUCUCUUCUACCUCAUCGUCCUGCACCUCCCCAGGUGCCCCCUCUCCUCAUUCAGGAUAUAGUUCUGCCCCUCCCGAGUCCACAGCCAAGCCUCAGCCUCAUCCAUCCCAAAUGUUACCAUCACCAAUUCAAUCACCUGCCUCUACUCCAGUGACUCAGCUGCAGCCUUUCAGCCAACUCCAGGCUGUGUUCUCAGGAAGUGAUGACGCAUUUGCAACGGCGCUGAGUCUGAGCGAGGUGGAUAGACGCCAUGAUGCCUGGCUGCCAUCUGAGGAGACAAGGAAGUCAUUGCUCUCCACGGCCACACAGCAGUAUAGCUCGGCAUAUUCCGAGAGUAACAGACUCACCAUGCCGGGUCUCAAGUUUGACAACCUUCAGGGUGAUGCUGUAAAAGAUUUAAUGGUUCGAUUCUUGGGAGAGCAGGCGGCCAUGAAGCGACAAGUUCUCACUGCCAACUCUGUGGAACAAUCUUUCCUGGGUCUCAAACAGCUCAUUAGCAGCAAGAACUGGCGUGCAGCAGUUGAUCUGACAGGUCGUCUUUUGACAGCUCAUGGCCAGGGAUACGGAAAAGCUGGACAGCCGACUUCUCAUACCGCUAACUCACUGCAGCUUUGGUUUGCGCGUUUGGCUCUUCUCACCAAACUGAACCUUUUCCAAAAUGCUGAGCUAGAAUUUGAGCCUUUUGGUGAUCUGGAUCAACCAGACCUCUUUUAUGAAUACUACCCCACUUUAUAUCCCGGGAGAAGAGGCUCCAUGGUGCCAUUCUCCAUGCGGUUACUGCAUGCCGAGCUUCCCCAGCACCUGGCUAAGCCCCAGGAGGCUCUGGACCGCCUGCACAAUCUCAAAACUGUCUGCCUCACAAUCGUGGAUAACUUGGAGAAAGGCUUGGCUGAGGAUGGCUGCAUGAUCACCCUAACAAUGGAGAAUAGGCAAGAAUCUCUGAAGCUGUGGAAAUCUCGUCUCAGUCGAGUCCUCUAUUCCAUGGCCAACUGUCUGCUGGUGAUGAAGGACUAUGUUCUGGCUGUGGAGGUCUAUCAAGCCAUCAUCCAAUAUGAACCUCAGCAGAGAGCACAGCUGCUCAGUGGCAUAGGACGCAUCUUCUUGCAGAUUGGAGACAUUAAGACAGCUGAGAUGUAUUUCUGCGAUGUGGAAAAAACAUGCCAGAAGACAGACAGCGAGCCCAGCCUCACAACAUGCGUGCUAAUGAACAGAGCGUUUGUCUACCUGAGUCAGAACAACUAUGGUGAAGCACAUGCAUCCUUCAUGGACGUUUUAAAGAUGGACCCAAAAAACCCAGUUGCCAACAACAACGCAGCAGUUUGCUUGCUCUAUCUGGGCCGGCUCAAGGAGUCCCUGGGCAAGCUGGAAGGCCUGGUGCAACAGGAUCCAGCCCUCUACCUGCACGAGAGCGUCCUCUUCAAUCUGACCACUAUGUAUGAACUGGAAUCUUCACGCAGCACCCAAAAGAAGCAGGCGCUGUUGGAGGCUGUGUCCUGCCGGGAAGGAGACAGCUUCAAUACUCAGUGCCUAAAACUGGUUUGAAACCCCAAGACCUGGGGUGGAAAUGGUCUUCUCCUUGUUUCUCAAAGUUAGGCAUUUGUUUUCUUCUCCAUCUGCAAAAAGGUUUGAAACAUUAGAAUUAUGACGAUUUUAGCCACUCAAAGCAAUGCUUUGACAAUUUUUGAAUCUGGGUUUGUUGGAAAAUUAAGCAAGUACUAUAAUUGGAAUACCUAGAUUCUUAUUUAUUUUAUCAUUCAAACAUGACAAAGACACUUAAGCUCCACCAUAUGUUGACUGUUUGACCAUUGAAGAUGUGGUGCUUUUGUGGUAUUUGGUAUUGCCGGUAGCGCUCAGAAAUGGCAUAAUUGCCAGUGACAGAAAAUUAUCCUGAAUUUGAUUUGAUUGGUUGAGUUUAUGAAUUACAUAAAUGGAUGGAUUCCAUGUGUGACAAGUCAAGACAGGGGGAUACCACCAUGCUAGUCCAAAACCUUGAUGCCAAGCCAACUGCCUCACAUUUGGUAAACAUUUAAUGAAAUGAAUAUUAGAUUCUUUCAAAUUUGCAGGUUAACAAUGUGAGACUUGACAAAGGGCAUUAUGCUGAGACUCACUCUGCUUCAGAGUCCAGUAAACUUGCACUGCAAAAAGAGUCCUUUCAAAACUUCUCCCUGUAAGAACACAUUUAUAAUACUUUUCCUGGAUUAACUGACUCUAAUGCUACUUGAAUUAAGCUUUCUCAUGCUGGGAUUCAUUAACUCAUACAAUAUACAUAAACCACUGCGGUUGCAUUACAAUUUCCCCUGAAAACAACAAGGGGGACCCACUGUGUGUGUGUGUGUGUGUGUGUGUGUGUGUGUGUGUGUCCGUUUAUGCAACUACAUACAUAGAGUGGAUAUUGAAAGCCUACACAACCCUAUUCAAAUGCCAGGUUUUUGUGAUGACAAUGACAGGACAGGAAACAAUGACAUGAAAUAAUUAAUAAAAAAAAAAAAAAACAGGUGAAGCAAAAAUAAAGAAACCGAGAUCACCAUUGUAGACUAAAAAAGUUUUGUCUUGGUCCUUAUUUUUAUAAAACAAAAACCUAACAUUUGAAUAGAGGCCAUGUAAACUAUCCAUCCAUUGUAUGUCACACAAUAGUGUGUAUAUAUAUAUAUAAAUGUGUGGAGAGUAUGUGUGUGUAUAUAAAUGUGUAUAUACUUGUAUAUUGACACGUAGAUAGAUGUCAAAAUAAACAAUGGUUGUAAUUUGUUGAACUAAAUAAUCCAAAAUGUUCUUAAAAACAUUGUUUUGUUUACAUAUUGUGUUGAUCUUUAUGUGAGAAAUACUGUCUUAAUCCAAUAAAAGAAAUAUAAUUUGA